AUGGAAUCUGAAGGAAGCAAAAUUACCAAACCAAAACGUGUACGCAAAGCAGCGUACAGGAAAUGGAGCAAUGAGGAGCAACAGAAAUUAAUAACCUACAUGCGAGACAACCGUCCGAUUGAAAAGCCGACAGCACAGGUGUAUUACAAACAAUUUUUAGAAACACAAAAUCUGCGGUUGGAUUGGUCUUUAGUGAGGCUAAAGGCAAGGCACUUGCGCCAAUGGUAUACAAAGGCACGAGCUUGGCAGAAUUCGACGGAAGCAGGUGCCAUGGAAGACGGCGAAUCAACAGAAAGUAUAAUUUUGAGAACUUGUCCUUUAUUCUACGAUUUGGAAGAUAUAUUUGGCUAUAAAGAGUUUCAAUCCAAUGCAUUGGUUUUGGAUACAGAAGCCUUAGAGAACAACUAUACGUCCACCACAGACGAUUUCGUCGCCGGAAGCAGUGCAAAUGUAGCUACCACACCUAAAGAUAUUUUUCAAGAAGUCGGUCCAGAAUCUACAUGCAACACAAUAAAUCGGAAAGGUGUUUAUUCGCGGACAGGUGUUGCCGAUGUGCUUACUAUGCACACAGGUUUAAUUAAGGUGAAGCAACAAAAAUUGGAGAUAGAAUCAAAAAUGAAAGAUAGGGAGCUAUCUUUAAAAGAAAAAGAAUUUGAUUUACAAUACCAAAAGUUUUUAUUUGAAAAAGAAAAAUGCAAUUCAGAAGAGAGAAUAAGAAUACUAGAAAUUGAAAUGAAGGAAAAUUGGCUUUAAGAGAGCUUG